UCGUGGAGUAGUGUUCAUACGCCGGUGGCAGAAACCUUUUAAAUAUAAAUUAUUUUUAAUUAAAAUAGUUGUUAGUGGAAGAAGUUGAAUUUUAAUAACAAUGCCGCCAUCAAAGGAGCGUUUGGCUCGGAUUAAGCUGGCUAAACAGGAAUUCCUCGUUAAAAAAGGAAUAGUUCAAAGGAAAACACCAACGGAAAUUCGCUCGCGGCGGCAAUCUGUUCGUGCAAAAACCGCCAAUAGCACCAAACAGGUCGACGACGUGGGCCGCGAGGCCGACGAAAACGAUAACAGUGCGAUUCCACAGCUAUCUACGGACGGUCACACAGUGCCAAAGGGAAUUUGUUCGCGGCGGCAAUCCGUCCGCGGAAAAACCUGUGACGUCGGUCGCGAGGGCGACAAAAGUGCGCCAACUCUGUUAUCUACGGCCGGUCACACGGUGCCGAGCAUUCCAACGGAAAUUCGCUCGCGGCGGCAAUCCGUUCGAGGAACAACUGUCGACGUAGGCCGCGAGGACGACGAAAACGGCAAAAGCGCGAAAACUCUGGUAUCUACGGACGGUCACAUGGUGCCCAGCAUUCCAACGGGAAUUCGCUCGCGGCGGCAAUCUGUCCGUGCAAAGACCGCCAGUACACCAAACAGGUCGACGACGUAGGCUGCGAGGCCGACG